CAAGGACCGAAACUAUAGUUUGCUCUUUUUGUAAUUCAGUAAUAUACAUACAACCCCCUCAUAUUUCAAAAGUUACGAUUACGCCCUCUAAUUACAGUUGGGAAAGUUGUUUUAGGAGUAAAGCAGCCAUUAAUGAAAUGAUCCAGGUCUGAAAAAUGUGGAAGCAGGCACAAUCUCUGUUCGCGGAAGAAGAAUAUGACGACUCACAAGACAAUCUGUUGGAAGAAGCCGAAGGUCUCUGUUCUUUAUCUCCCACACAGAGAUUAUACGGCUUCGGUGCGUGUUGUUUAGCUGGACUCCUUUGUAUGUUACUGUCGACAAUUGUGUUUGCCAUACCGAUUAAGUUUGCUGUAUUGUUUACCUUUGGUAACUUGUUGGCUAUUGGAAGCACAGUUUUUCUCAUGGGAGCUACACGACAAUUACAAAUGAUGUUUGAUCCAGUUCGUAUUUAUGCAACAUCUAUUUACAUUGGAUUCGUUGUUCUAGCUCUCAUUUGUGCUCUUGGGAUUCAUAGUAAGUUGUUAACUAUCCUUGCCAUACUAUGUGAGAUAUGUGCACUCAUCUGGUAUAGUUUAAGCUACAUACCUUUUGCUCGAGCAGUUGUUUCAAAAGUGACAAUUCGUCUUUUUGACACUGAGAUUUAGGUAAAAGAGUUUUCAAGAAAAUAUUUCAUUCAUGAUCAUUAUUAUAUUCAUUUUGUUUAUUAACGUGUGUCGUCGUGGAGUCACAUGUCAUUGAAUAUAUUGUGGUUUUUUUGAAUAAUUAUUGUGUUGGAUUUCAUUUAUUAUUGCAAGUUUUGGUAUUGUGUCUAAGUAUUCCAGGAUACCAAAAGGAUUGAGAUUUUUUGAUGAAAUUUUCAGGAAUCUUAUAUAUUGAAUGAGAAAUGAUUGAUUUGAA